UAAUAGAAAGAAAAAUUUUGAAAAGUUGCAGUGAUUGAGUGAAAUAGCUAAAUAAAGCUACCUGAGACAAAAUGCUAAAGUGAGCUAGUGUGAAUGGACAAUUAGCCCCAAUCAGAAUAUCCUUCAGUAUAGACAAUGCCAGUGGACAGUAAUAAACCAGUGUCAAAGUUAAAGGGCAGUCGCAGGAGGGCCCAGACGAGUGAGGAGGUUCACUCCCCUCCCAUGCUGAGAUUUGACUCGGAUGUAGAUAUAAUGCCCCCUCAUGUCAGAAAGAGGCUCCAUGAUCUAUUUUCACAGAUUGAGAAGGAAUUCGAAACACUCUAUGCUGAAAAUAUAGCAUUACAGGAGAGAUUGGAUGCCCAGACAGAGAGAGCUGAGGCCACACACAGGGAAGCUGGCUCUGUAGACAAUACAGAUAAUUCUGACAUCAGCCUCAAACCAAAACGAUCAGGACAUGAUAUCACCCGACAAUCUUCUGCAGCUAGUCAGAUUUCCCAGAAGAUUAAAACAACCUACAAGGCUUCCACCAGUAAACUAGUCUCCAGCUUCCGUAACUCCUCACUCUUGUUUUCUGUGGUGCGGAAGUUUGAAGGUCACAGAGAUGGGAUUUGGGAGGUGAUGGUGUCUCGAGCGAACCAGCCUGGACAACAGGUGCUUGGGACCGCCUCCGCUGAUCACACAGCAAGGAUCUGGUCUAUACAAACCCAGCAGUGUCUGCUGCAGUAUUUAGGACACCAAGGCUCGGUCAACUCAAUCAGGUUCCACCCAGACAGAGAGCUGGCCCUGACAGCAUCAGGGGACCGCACUGCCCACAUCUGGGGGGCACAUGUAACCCUGCCAGAGGCCAACAAGAGAUUUGGACGAGCUGUCUCUGUUGAUGAUGAUGUAGACAACUCAGAGAAAGAGGAGCAACCAGAAGCUGAGAGUGUAGAACAGACAUGGGAGGCUGCCAUUCUGAGGACUCCAUCAAUGGAACUUUCUGGACACACUGGAGUAGUGGUGGCAGCUGAUUGGAUGUUGGAAGGAAAUCAGGUCAUCACAGCAUCAUGGGAUAGAACAGCCAUUUUGUUUGAUGCUGAAACUGGAGAACAAGUUACAUGCUUGACGGGGCAUGACCAGGAAUUGACAGAUGUACGAACCCAUCAUUCACAGAAACUAGUGGUGACCUCCUCCAAGGACACGACCUUCAGACUGUGGGACUUCCGCAGUCCCAGCAUGCAGGUCAAUGUAUGUCAAGGCCACAAUCAACCUGUGACUAGUGCAUUGUUUGCUGGCUCAGAUAAAGUUGUAUCAGGAAGUGAUGAUCGGACCGUGAAAGUAUGGGAUGUCAAAAACAUGAGAUCUCCCUUAGCUGCCAUUAGAAUAGACUCCUCUGUAAACAGGUUGUCUGUUUCUUCAAGCCAGAGUUUGAUUGCGAUACCACAUGACAACAGGCACAUCAGAAUCUACGACAUCAACGGAAACAGAAUAGGACGACUACCUAGAAGUAACCGACAGGGUCACAGUAAGAUGGUGACCUCUGUAGCCUGGACAGAAGACCAUCCAGUGUGUAACCUGUUCUCUUGUGGAUUUGAUAGGAAAGUCCUGGGCUGGAACAUCAACCUCAGAGAAAAGGACUGAACCCAGUUAGGUCUUGUUUAAUUUUCAGUAGAACCCCCCUCCCCUGUAAAUGCUUGUGUAGAAAAGUAUGUAAAUUAGUAUACAUAAAAAAUGUAGCAACCUCAAGUUCAAAGACAUAAAUAUUAUUUGUAUUGAAAGAGGUUUACGUUUUUUUUGAGUGAUGUCAGUUUAGUGCAAUAUUUUUUUUAAGUUUAUUGUAUUUUAUCCUUGAACAUUAGGGCAAUAUGCAAAAGUUAAAAUUUUUCUAUGUAAUAAUAAUUUGACUCAAAGACUGUUUUUAAAACAUGUAAGUGUAAUGUCUUUAGAGUUUUUGUGUUCUCUUUGUUAUGAGAUUAAUGCAUAUAGAUUAUUAAUCAGCCAGAAUAUUGUAACUUUCAUUUACGGUACCUUACUUUGUAAAAGAAAAUGUUUAUAAUUUUUUGAAUGGAGUUUGUAUUACAAAAGGGAGGGUGCGCAAUGAACCUUUAAGGAGAAUUCUUUUCAGAGAGGGCUAGGUAAUGACAGCUAGCCAAAGUGGAACGUGACUUUUGUAAAUAGAUCAAAAAUUUCAGAAUUGCCACUACUUAAUCAAACUUAAGAGUAUUAGUAAAAUUAAAUUUUACUUAAUUCUGAUUUUUCUUCAUCAGUGAUAUUGAAAUGAAUAAAAUAAAUCAUAUUUUUAAUCUACUAGCACAUACUAUAUUAUUUUGAUUUUAUUGUAAAUGCAAAUAUAUAUUAAAUUUACCACGGCACAAAGAUAUUUUAUGCAUCUAAAAGUAAAACAAUAUCUUAAACUGCAAAUUCCUAAUAUUUUUGAGAAAUAUUUUUCCCCUGUGCCUUUUGAACAAUGUGAAAAUAGUAAGCACAUAUGUAUAGUACCUACAUGUAAUUGUUGUAAGAAAGAUAAUUAGCAAUUGCUAUGUUUAUACAACUUAAGUUCCGAGAAUGUUUCUCCUAUUGCUUAAAGCAUUUUAACUGUAUUGAAAUGAUUAACAUUUUGAAAUGAUAUAAUGAGAUAGGAGAAUUUAAGCAAAUUGUUGUAAAUAGUCUAUAUUGCUAUAGAGUUAAAAUGUUGUUCAUAAAAUUGUAUUCAGUAAAACUGAAGUAGAGAUUCAUAUAUUUGUAUUAAUGAGAUGUUGUCCUAAAUCAUACUGCACUCUAAUGAAAGCCUAAUUUAUUCACAUUAAAGUGUUAUGUUCUGUCAA